GGACGGGGAACCCCGCGGACUACAACUCCCAGCAGGCCCCGCGGCACGCUCCGCGCCUGCGCAGUCGCAGCGGACUCUGCUCCCGGAAGUGCCUGGCGACACGUUGGAGACCAGAAAGAGGAAGAAAAGAUGGCAGAUGGUGAGAGGAUGAGAAUGAAAAGCAAGAGGAUCCUGGUGACCGGAGGCUCGGGACUGGUUGGCAAAGCCAUUGAGCAGUUGGUGAAAGAGGGGGAGGGCCAAGCAGAUGAGGAGUGGAUCUUCCUAUCUUCAAAGGAUGCUGAUUUAACAAAUGCUGCGGAAACCAGUGCGCUGUUUGAUAAAUACCAGCCCACACAUGUCAUUCACCUGGCAGCUAUGGUGGGCGGACUGUUCCGGAACAUGAAAUACAACCUGGAUUUCUGGAGGAAUAAUGUUCAUAUUAAUGACAAUGUGCUACACUCUGCUCAUCUGCACGGAGUUACAAAGGUUGUUUCCUGCCUCUCGACCUGCAUCUUCCCAGACAAGACCAGCUAUCCUAUUGACGAAACAAUGAUCCACAAUGGUCCCCCACACCGUUCAAACUUUGGAUAUUCAUAUGCAAAGCGAAUGAUUGAUGUGCAGAACCGUGCCUACUCUGAGCAACAUGGGCGUAUGUUCACUUCCGUGAUCCCCACCAACGUUUUCGGAAAGUUCGACAAUUUUAAUAUCGAGGACGGUCACGUUCUGCCUGGAUUGAUUCACAAGACGUAUCUGGCGCAGAGAAAUGGCACAGUGCUGGAAGUCUGGGGAUCAGGCAAACCCAAGAGGCAGUUUAUAUACUCUCUGGAUUUGGCCCGUCUCUUCCUUUGGGUUUUGAGAGAGUAUGAUGAGAUUGAGCCCAUCAUUCUGUCAGUGGGUGAGGAAGAUGAAGUGUCCAUAAAAGAGGCAGCAGAGUGCAUCGUGGCAGCUAUGGACUUCAAGGGGGAAGUCAUUUUUGACACCAGCAAAUCUGAUGGGCAGUACAAGAAGACAGCAAGUAACUGCAAGUUGAGGAAAUACCUGCCAGACUUCAAAUUUACCCCCUUCAGCCAAGCUGUCAAGGAGACCUGCGAUUGGUUUGUGGCCAAUUACGAGCUGGCAAGAAAAUGAGGUGGUGAUUGAACUUCAGACUGUUGGACUGCUGCCAUGGUCAGACAUGCACGUGAUAAUUAUGGGGUUGGGCUAAAAGUAGAUAUCUGUACAAUAGUGUAGCAAUGGGUCUAGUUCAGAGGGAGGAGCUGAACCCACAUUCAGAUUCUGAUUGUCUGGACCUUUCCCCUCACCCCAAGUGCAGCCUCUCGGCCAGCUCACUGCCUGAUCCUAACAAGGGAGCUCCUAUGCCAGCGACUGCAGUCAUCUUCUUGUCUCUGAGGAACGUUGGCUGAAGGUUGGAUGUUAUCAGUCUCACCAAAUCAAAACCAAUUCUGUCCCACGUGCGAUUCAACAUUCUCUUCCUUCUGAUCCUGUCCGAGACUGUGACAGUGAAGAUAGUUCCCUUGUUUGCAGCAAGCUGCUGCUUACUCUCUGAAAGACAGGGAACGAUGGUGGAUGUAUAAGUAGUGUUGCAAUUCAGCCCAACCCAGGCUUGUCAAAUGGUUUUAUUAUUCAUGAAAUGUGGGUCACUUCUCGUUACUUGUUCCAAAUUGUCCUUGACUAUGGAGUCAUGUGUAGACAGGAUAGCAGAUUUCCUUCCUGAGAGAAUAUUGGUGCAAUAGCCUGAAAACAAUACUUCGCGGUGUGGCCACCAUUUGCUGGAAGUAGCAUUCAAAAUGAUUCAGCAGUGAAUUUGAAUUCCACUAGGUGGAGUUCUAACUGGUUUCUCCAGAACUCUAGCUUGGACUUGCAGACUACUAGCCCAGUGACAUUCCCACUCCACCAGCAGACAAUCUUCUUUCUCUCCCAUCCUGCCAAUGAGUGCUGUUUUGCUGAUUGUAAAAAAUGGUCUUUGAAGACAAGAAUUUAUGUAGCUAUCUUUAGGACAUCUGUCUAGACUAUAGAUACUGCUGCCAAUUAUUUUGGAAGCUCCUGUUCCUGGUGAGUGAUUUUGUUUACAUUAGCUACAAUAAAAGAGUAGAAUUACACUA